CAUCUUAAAUCGCGGAAGAAACCGAACAAAGCGUUCGGUUACAUUUUUCAUAGGUUAUGUCACGUGAAGAUUUCGUAUAACCCGCGUUCACUGUUUUAGUGUUUUGUCUAGUACGACGGCCUACCUACGUUGGAUUACCGCAUUCAGUGGCAACAAACAAAUGAAACGUUCUUGACAAAAUUGUGAUAUUUAAUUUCAUAUUCAUUGGUCAUAGAUAAAUUAAUAAAACAAACCAUUCGUCAAACUCACGGUCGUUUUUGUUACAUGUACCAAAUUGGUAUUUAUAAAUUCCAUUGAAGAACGAAUUCUAAGACACGAAAAAAAUUGAGGAUGAGUAAUAUCCAUGAUGAGACUUGUAGAAACAUGCUGGCUCAAUUCCGGGUUAAUGAUUUGAAAUUACUUUUAAGAGCUUUCGGACAAAGUAUAGAAGGACGAAGAACUGAAUUACGAAGACGGGCAAUGGAAUUAAUAAGUUCCAAGCCGGCUGACCUUAACUAUAUAGCAUAUCUAUCAAAAAUAUUUGAUAUAUACCAUUCUAUGAAUCAACUACAAAACCGACAACAAAGAACGUACCAACUACAACGAUACCCUCAACAAUCAGUGCAAGUGCCCCGUGCUAGAUUACCACAGUUUCCGUCCAAAGUAGAAGGACUCGCACGUGGUUGCCCUACAGAUGCAAAUAUUUUUCCUAGAAAUACUGUGGCUAACAAUCACAUUCAGUAUGCAUCUGGUUAUCAGCCAGUUAGACCCCAAACUGUAGUUCGACCGCAAUUGCCCACAAAUCAACAAAAUACAUCAAACCUUGUUUUGAAUCCACCGUCUAGUGGAAACAGUAAUGCUUCUACUACCAUCCCAUCUCCUCAAAUUGUAGCCAAUUACAAGUUCACAAAGCUACCAUUUUAUGAAGUUAUUAAAGAUGUAAUCAAACCAACUCUUCUCGAUGAUACAAGUAGAUGUAUUUUAUCAAAAUUUCCUGAAGGUAUGAGAGAACAUGAAUUCAAAUAUACUAUGUCAAUUGAAGAUUUAGAUUAUAUUGCAUUGAACCGUGACAUUUCCUAUGGCAAAUCUAAUUACCUAUUCAACUGUCAGAUUCGAAUUUGUCAGUUGGAUCAAAUUGUGAGUACUAAGGUAACUGAUGAGUUGCCCAAAGGACUGAUUAUUAAAAUCAAUAGUACUGCUUGUCCAUUGCCACCUUUUCUCCCGGCAAGACCAGGAAAAGAAUCUAGACUAACUUCUGGACCUAUCAAUUGUGCUCAGAUUUUACAGCUUAAUCCAAUUUCUCCAAACAGAAUCACUAUAUAUUGGAUUCCUGAUGGGAAAAAGUAUGCCCUGGCAAUGUAUAUUGUUAAACAAAUAAGUGCAGAUACUUUGAUAAAAGAACUUCGCGUUAAUAAAGUGAGGAGUUCAGAAGAGACAAAAAGUGAUAUCAUUAAAAGGUUGACAGUUGUCGAUCCAGAUUUGGCAUCUACAUCUUUUAAUUUUUCUUUGGUGUGUCAAUUGAGUACAGUUAAAAUGAAGCUACCGGCAAAAUCUAUCCAUUGUAAUCAUUUACAGUGUUUUGAUGCCGCUACAUUCAUUCUAAUGAACGAGAAAAAUCCCAAAUGGAUAUGCCCAACGUGUCAUGAAUCUUGUUUGUAUGAUGAAAUACGAAUAGAAGGUUAUUUUUUGGAAAUUGUUGAAGAACUUGCACUUCGAGACGACAUCAAGGAAAUCAGCCUUUUGGAUAAUGGUUCAUGGUUUAUACCUGAAAAAUGUAAAGACACCAAAAACAAGAAUAGUACUAUUGAUGAUACAGUUAUUGAAAUAGAUGACUUUGAAGAAUCCACAGAGUCGAUAGAAGAACCUAGGCCAGGAUGUUCAAAAUGGCAGAAACAUGGAAAAUUAGAACAAUCUAUUUUCGAUUUGUCAAUAGAUGAGGAUGAAUAACCACCAAAACAAAAAUAUUAGCCAGUUACUAAAGUUAAAUUAAAACCACAAGUUCAAGUACAGCCACAACAACAUAGUUUCAAGUAUUUCAAUUUGUUUUUUGAGGGAUAAAUUUCUCGAGAGAAAGAAAAAGAAUGUUUUAAAAACAUUUAUUUUAUGCACUCAAUACAAUUGUUCUAUUCUUAAUGCAGCUAUGGACCAGUCUUUUCAAUAUGUAUUUUAUACUGUUAGCUCAAUGUAAGUAUUUAACAUUUUAAAUUUGUCAAUAUGUAGUAUGUAUUUUUGUAUUCUAUCAAUAUCUAAUGGUUGUGUAAACACAAGGUUAAUGAUUUUUUUUGUAUUACUAUUCAUUUUUUCUAUAAACUCAAAUACUAAUAUUCAAUUUAAUUACAGACUGUUACAUAAGCAGUCAUUAUAGUCUAUAAGUUUCAGAAAUAUAGUUUUAUAAAUGUUAGUAAUGCAGAACAAUGUUGAUGUUAAACCAAUAUUUUGAAAUUAAUGUCACUAAAUACAUCGAUUUUUGAUAUUGAUGCAAUCUCGAUAUAAAUGUAUUAGAUUUACAUAUCUUAUAUUUUGACAGCAAAUUUAACAAUUUAGAUAUCACCAACUAUUGAGUAAAUGUCUAUAAGUAGCCAAAUAUUAUUUAAUAUCAUUUAUGUUCAUUAUU